AUCGCCGUCGCCCCCCGUACUUGCGACAACGGCAUCCUCGUCGCCAAGUGACUCCCCUCGCAUCUCCAACGAACGGAACAGACAGCACAACGGUAUCGCUCGAAAGCUUUCGAACGACGCGGCUACUGCUUCAUGACGCGAUCUCAGCCUACGGCACCUAUCCCCCAUUACCCCCAGCACCCACGAUGGGUCCAGGCAUGUCCCAGACGCACCUCCAAAACAUCUCCGAAGGCGCACCUGGUGUCGGUCAGCAGGGAGCGCGUCCUCUCUUAUCGUAACUGAAGGUCGAAGCAAGAUGUAUGCAUACCCGACCCGAAUAUCCAUGGGGGGGACCGUAUAGAUACGUUAUCUGCCAAUGCGACUCGCCUCCGCGUCACAUUGAGGUCUGUAGGACAUCGGGAAGGGCGUUUUGAAUAUGUGGCGUCGUUUUUGAUAAAUAGUCUUCGAGUAGUAUACAUGCGACUCGGGAGGUUUGGACAGCCCCGGCGCCAUUCCCACCUUGCGAUACACACCGUCUCCUCGUCCUCCCGCAUCUUCCCCAUCACGAACAUGCCCUAUACACGACGCCCAGUCCCAUGUACGUCACUGCGGCUACACUAC